CAACAUAUUGCUGUUAAACAUACCUACAUUCGCGACCAAAUCCGUGCUUAGUGCACCCUGAUAUCCGCAUGUCGUCCCAUCGGUUACAAGUCCAUGGCGAUAAAGGGCCUACAGAAGUUCAAUGGCAAGAUGCCUGCGCAGCUGGCAACGAAAUAAUAACAAAUAAUCCCACUACUGUUGUCUUCUUCGAGGGAGACCAGGUGGACGACGAUGCUCGUGAGCUGCUGGGCCCGCAGCGCUGCUCGCCCGAGGGGCACCUGGCCUCCUUGCGCAGCUGCUUCGGGCCGGACGCACGGCUGCUCAUCGUGCAGCCCACCCGUCUGGCCCCCGGCGGCCAGGCCUGCUACUCCAACCUGCUGGGCCCGAUGACCGCCUGCGGGGAGGCGCUGGGCUUCCGGCCGCAGGGCUACCGGGCUGCCACCCACCUGGCUGCACUGCUGGCGGCAUGCGGGGGAGGAGGAGGAGAAGGAGGA